GUUUGGCCUAUCCAGGUCUUGAUAUUGGUCGUUCAACAAUUGCUAAGAUAUUAAAGGAAAGUAAAAAAUGGUUAAGCAUUGAUACUAAUUCUAUUUCUAAAAGUAAAUUUCGUAAAAAAGAUGUUAAAUUUCCAUUACUCGAUCAAGCUCUAAGUCGUUGGGUAGAACAGAUAUCAGCAACAAUUGUUGUAUUGAAUGAGCAACUUAUUAAAGAGAGAAAAGACAAGUCUCGUAUAACAGUUCUUCUUGCUGUAAAUUCAACUGGUACUGAAAAAUUGCAAUCAUUGUUAAAACAUAUAAAUGAAGAAUUCCGAACUAAAAAAAGACAAGUGUUGCUUCUUGUAGAUAAUGCAAGUUCACAUUCUUUAAAUGAUGGUGAAACUCCUCUUCAAUUGUCAAAUAUCACAUUGCAAUAUCUCCCGCCUAACACCACAUCACACCUACAACCAAUGGAUGCAGGAGUCAUCAAGUCAUUUAAAGCUAAAAUACAAACAUUAAUAUUGCUGGCAUAUUCUGAGACAAUUUAA